AUGGCAGACGACGAGUACGACGACUUGUACGGUGACUUGUACCCGGGAGAAGCCGAGUACGGCAGCGGAGUGUCCGCGUCGACCAGCGCUGCCGCCGCGCCAGCUGCCGCCCCCGCCCCUUCGACCUCGACCAACGCGUCCUCGGCUCCUGCAGCAGCAUCGCCGGCGCCUGCAACAUCUGCCAUCCCCAGCUUCGCCGAUGGACCGCGACCGUCGAGCUUGCCUGCCCCGCCCGUCGCUGCCACCGCCGCCGCGACGAACCCCCCUCUCCACUUCUCAUCUGGCGCGCAGGGCAUGCAGCAGCAACAGCGACCGAUGGUGCAGACCGGCGUGCGACCGAACGACAUGCCCGAGGAAGGCAAGAUGUUCAUCGGCGGCCUCAACUGGGACACGACCGAUGAGACGCUCAAGAUGUACUUCGAGCAGUUCGGCCCGAUCACGCACUGCACGAUCAUGCGCGACUCGGAGACCGGCCGUUCGCGAGGAUUCGCCUUCUUGACCUUCGAGAACCCGUCGUCUGUCAACGCCGUCAUGGCGCGCGAGCACCACCUCGACGGCAAGACGAUCGACCCGAAGCGCGCCAUUCCUCGCUCCGAGACGGCCAAGACGGACAAGCUCUUCGUCCGAGCCCUGCCCGCAACCUGCACGCAAGAGUCGUUCCGCCAGUUCUGGCGCCAGUUCGGCCCGAUCACGGACGCGACGCUCAUGAUGGACAAGGAGACGGGUCGUCAUCGUGGCUUCGGAUUCGUCAACUACGAGACUCGCGAGGCUGUGGAGAAGGUCUUGAACGCGGGUCCGCACUAUAUGGACGGUCAGAUGCUCGAGGUCAAGCGCGCGCAAGCCAAGGGCGAGCCUCGUCGCAACGACUACGGCAUGAACUCGAACCAGCAGUACACGCCUCAGCCCUACGGCGGUGCUGGCGGCGCAUCAGGAGGAGGUAUGGGUGGAGCCGGAAUGGGCGGCGCCGGCAACAUGGGCAUGAACGCGAUGGGCGGUGGUGCAGCGGGCGCAGGAGGAGCCGGCACGCCAUUCGACCCGGCCGCCAUGUCCAAAUUCUUUGCGCAGAUGGGCUGGGGAGGCUUCAACCCGAUGAUGCUCGGCGGAAUGGGCGGCGGCAUGGGUGGCGGAAUGGGAGGGUUCAACCCGAUGGCCAUGGGAGGAAUGGGCGGGUUCAACCCGAUGGGAAUGGGCUUCGGCAUGCCUAACAUGGGAAUGGGCGGGAUGGGCUCGCCAACGGGUGCAGACGGCGGAGCAGCGGCUGGCGGAGCUGUGGCUGGCGGAGAUGGCGCAGCUGCGGCAGCCGGCGACGGAGCAGCUGGUCAGAGUAGCCCCUGGACCGCUCCUAUGGCAGCGCCGAUGUCGAUGCGUGGCGGGAGGGGCGGCGCAAUGGGCGGCGGAGCGAUGAGGGGCGGACGAGGAGGCGGACGCGCUGGUGCAAACCCUCCUACUGGACCGGCCUCGAUGCGCGACGAAGGCGGCGCUGGCCCUCAGCGGAGUCGCGGAUCUGGCGCAGGCUUCCACCCCUACUCGCGCUGA